AUGACGUCUGGAACAACAGGUCUACCGAAACUGGUCGUACGUUCACACGAAGCUCUGCUAAUGAAUGCUCGCAUCUUUGCAUCAAUAAGCAAUGAGAGUGCCAGUACCAGCUUCUUGAAAAACACAAUUAAUAUUUUAAAUGUUCUGUGUGCCGCUGGACAACCCGUGGACAAAGACUGGUCGGAGAUACUGGAUAAAAUAACGCGGUCUGCUUGUUUUGCAUAUGGCUUAUCUGAAGUAGGCUACUGUUGCUCACAACUGUGUGCGACGUCAUCGGACGUGCUUCCCUAUGUUGUUGGUUAUCCGUCAGCAGAAGGCAUAGAGGUGAAGGUCGUAGAUGAGAAUCAGCAAGAAACAUCCCCAAAUACGCAUGGCGAACUAUUGGUGCGUGCUCCUUGGAUGUUUGAUGGCUAUUUGGGAAAUGAAGAGAAAAGCAAAUCAGAAUUCACUCAGGAUAGAUGGUUUAAAACUGACGACCUGGCCUACAAGGACAACGACGGGUGUCUCUUUGUCAUGUGUCGAAGAUCUGACGCUAUUGCCUGGGGAGUGCGCACUGUGUAUCCGUCAUACCUGGAAAAGCCUAUAGGGUCAUUGUCAGUCAUUGCUGAUGUUAUCAUCGUUCCUGUUCCUGAUAAGGACAGGUUCCAAGAAAUUUGCGCAUGCGUCAUUCUGUGUGAAGGAAUUACCCUUAAUGAGAAAGAGGUAGCUGAUACGUGCAAUUCGUUGUUUGUUAAAGGCACAUGUGCGCCAAAGUAUUACAUGGUAAUGGAUAACUUUCCAUACUUGUCAUCAGCCAAGCCUGAUAAACUGAAACUGAUCAGCAUGGCAAAAGAAAGGUUUAAUUUGAAUUAACAGACAGUUAUAGACUGAGAGAUGAUCGUUGGAACCAAUGUAAUUAUAGGUUUAUGCGAAAGGCAUAUAGAGUUUUGAUGAGAGGAAUUUUAGUAGUUUGACAAAAUGUGCACAUUUGGCAAAAAAUAAGAAAUCAGAUAAUACUAUAUGAGUGGCCGUUAGAUAUAAUUUACCUUACCAAUUGUUUUAAAACGUAUUUAACGAGUGGGGCUUCUGUCAUCAAAUGGAACUUUUAAUGAAAUAAAACGCCACAGCAUAUACAAGGACAUUUAACAGACAAUCGAUAGAUAAGUUGCCCUUCCGGUUUUUAUUAUUAUUGCCGAAUCUCAUACUGGGGAGUAUACUGUUAACAGCGAUGUUAGUGAACUACCUGUUUCAAGCCAGUCGUUAACUACCAUGUUUAAACAAUCUGAUUAAAAUUAGCUUCACUGGUCUACCAGUAGAUCUAACAGCAUUGCGUGGACUCCCAUGUCCAGGUGAUAUUUCACCUAUAAAUAACAAUUUAAAUAUCGACCAAUUACACUUCGCCUUUUAUAGCGUUAUUCGGGAGCAUACAAACUCUAAAAAUAUCGGGCUUGACUAUUUAUGCAAUAGGCGAACUUGUUGGUCUAUUUCAACAUUAAAAUACAGGGGGAAAGGUGCAGUAAUAAAUUCUGGAGUGUAUACUAGUAUAAACAGAUUUUAUGGCUAUACCAUCACGGUUGUUUGGGGUUUUUUUCGUCUUGAAACGAAUUUUAUAUAAAAUUUUAUACUGAAAUUAGUUUACGGCAUACUUCUUAAUUCACCUGAAUCAUUUCGUAUACCCUUGGCAUAAUCCCGAAUGUUUUCAAAUUCUUUUCAAAUCACUGGCAUGAUUUUGCAAGUAAGGUUUUGAUUGAUCGAAUGUACGGUCAACUGGACAUGAGCUCCAACGGGGUGCUGUUAGAUCCACAGGUAAAAGUAAUUAACCAGUGGAGCUAAUUUUAAUUAGAUUGAUGUAAAAAAAAAAGCGCUUGAAAUGAACUUUAUUUAGAAAACAGUUUCGAUAAAGAAUUUUUAAAAACCUGUAGCAUUCGUUAAGGAACACGUAGAGCGUAUUAACGAGACACUAGAGAUACAUAGAGGAAUACUCGAAAAUCACGAAGCUAGAAUUAAGAAACUAGAAGAUUAUGUGGCAAAAGUGUGCACUAACUUAAUUACUGAGUUACAAAACACGGUUGCAAAGGUCCAAAGAGAACUGAUUAGACAAUAAAUUCACGAUAGACAGUACAAUCUGCUUCUGUACGGCAUUUCUAUGUCUACCGAUGGUUUUGAACUGGCAAAAAUCACAGAGCAAACUGUGCGCACUUUAUUCAAGGACAAACUCCCAAUUGAUGAGAAGUGUAUACGGGAAAUAAUGCUAAGGAAUGUACAUAGGCUCAAAACAUUCUCAACAGAUCCAGAAAUCCCUCCAGCAAUAAUUGUACAUUUCGUAAGUAUGCGAGAUAAUCUGGAGUUGAUUUUGAAAUGUAUUUAACAUUAUGCCCUAUGUUCUAUACUUUACACACCGCAAACAUAAUAAAGUAUUGUAUAAUAUACAUAUUUUAAGUAUGGACUAACAAAUAUAAUGAAAGCCGUAAAGUAACUAACUGACGGUGGCGUUGUACAAAGCUACUAACCCUAGUGUUAAGUUAUUCCCCUGGACUACACAUGUAUGCGGUACAAUUAUAUUUCAUUUUAUUAUUACUAUUACUAUUAUAAUAAUUAUUAUUACUAUUAUUUUUAUUUUUAUAUAUAUAUUUUUAAAUUAAUUACUUAAUUCAUUAUUAUUUUUAUUUAUUUAUUAGUAUUUUUUAAUUUUAAUUUUUUGCUUACUAAUACUGUGGUGUACUUGGAAAGGAAUAUGUAGGCUAUAACCUGGUAUUGUUCAUUAGAUGUGUACACACUGUAAGUGCAGGUGUGUGUUUAUUAAUUAUAAUUUAUUAUUAUU